AUGCACGAUCUACGCAAGAAAGCCCUCUUGGAGAGUGGCAAGACUGUUUCACGGAAGGCUAGAGCGAGACCAGAUCCCCCACGCUCUGCUGGUGCUCUCUCCCCCGGCGAUGGCUCUCCCGCAAGCUCGCGACCCGGCUCGCGGGCACCCUCAAUGGCAGGUUCUCGAGCUGGGAGUCGUGUUCCCUCCGAAGACGAAGCUAGCGACCACGAGUACGAUGAUGCCAUGACUUUGAGCAGCGCCAACUCGGUAUCCGGCGAAGAUGUUAACGAGGACGAUACGAACAAUACGUGGCCCGACAGGCUUCAAGACCGCAUUACAGAACUUCUAGACCGCAAGAGAAGCAGCGCUCAGGGCCGCGAGGCUACGAUGAAGGCAUACGAACAUAUCCUGAAGCACCAUUACGCACAGAAGUACAUCGAGAGGAACAUCUCCGACAUCAGCGCCGCCCUCAUCCGCAGCAUCAGGAGCGGAAGCAGUGACCAGGAACGCCUGUUUGCUCUCAAAGCACUUACAGCCACCAUCCUUACCUGCCCCUCGGAGACGAUAUUCGAUCACGUCUGGUCGGUGCUCAAGGUAGCUACUGAAGACGGAGAGGAGGACAAGAUCAAGGUCGAGGCCAUCAACGCUAUCAGCAUCGCCGUGACACUCGGGGGCGGUUCAUCCAGCGCUGCCGAAGAAGUUCUCGAUUUCCUCCUCGAGAUCAUCGAAAGUGACGGGCAAAAUGUGGGUGCCCCCGACAAUGGUAGCGUCGUAGCAGCAGCGCUCCGAGCCUGGGCGUUUGUGGCCAGCUACGUGGACGAUCUGAGCGUGCAGAGCGACCAAGCCAUGGAGGCAUUCAUGGAGCAACUAGACAGCACAGACAGCGACGUGCAAACGGGUGCCGGCGUCAACAUUGCUCUGCUCUUCGAAGCUGCCCGCGACUACGAAGAAGAAACGGGCGAGAAGUCCGACUUGCAGUACAACCAGCACCGAAUCAUGACCCGCAUGGCGGAGAUCGUCCGCGACUCUUCCAAGGCGGUUUCAAAGUCAGACCGGAAACAACUGAAGACCAACUUUCAAAGCAUUAUCACCUCUCUGGAACGGGGCCUGGGUCCCGGGUACUCGACUGCUGGGCGCGGUGCGGCGAAUCCCCACACGGGAGGCUCCAAGCUGGAAUCAAGUGGCGGAGGCGAGGAGGGCUUUGUCGAGUUUGGAUACCGCGAGAAGCUGCGGAUUCAUAACCAGUCUCUGAUUAUUGAUACCUGGUCACUGCACGCUCGCGUGGAGACAUUGAAGACCGUCCUCGGCGGCGGUCUGGCGACACAGUAUAUCGAGAACCCUGCGGUUCGGGAAGUUCUUGAGGGUGCGGACGUGGAGUAUAUGGCCAAGACUACCAAGAGGAGGUAG